AUGACCGUUGUGGCGGCAGAAGUAGUGGUGGCAGCCGCCCAUGCUGCCGCUGAAGUCGUUCGCUUGACGUCCAUUGUGCAUCCGUCGAGUAAAUCCGCAGAAGAAAUGGUUGCUACCAAGAUUCAAACAGCUUAUCGCAGGCACUUGGCGAGCAGGGCGUUGCGUGCUCUUAGAGGGCUUGGGCGGUUGAGAUCGGUGAUUCAAGGUCAAUCGGUCAAACGCCAAACAACGUCGGCGUUGAAAUGUAUGCAAACAUUGGCUCGUGUACAGUCUCAGAUUCGGUCAAGGCGUGUGCGUAGAAACUCUAAAGAAGAAACGGAAGCCAGUUUAUGAAGGAAACAGGGGGCUCAUACCCAAAGUACACGACUGCU